CCCACAGUGGGCGUGUCCAGGCGAGCGACGUAGGCGGUGCUAAAGGUGCUUAGCGGACGCGCCUCCAUCCAUGCCGUACUGAGCGCGCUCUCGGAGUUACCCUCCCUAUUACACCGGAGAACAUGCUGCGGGCCUGCAGAAAAGCCCAGGCGGCGGUACUCGCCAAGGAAUGCUUGUGUGGCAGAAUAUCCCUCCGUCCCUUACGUACAUCCAGAAGCUACUCUACCACUCGAUCAUCUGGUUCCUCUGCUGCAAAGAUCAUCGGUGCCAGUGUUUUGCUCACAGGCGGAGGCAUCGGGGGCACUGUUCUGUACGCCAGCUGGGACCCGCGAUUUCGAGAGAAUGUUGAGAAGACUGUCCCAUACUCCGACAAGCUGUUUGAGUUGGCUCUGGGGGCUCCUGCUCCAGCCAGUCUACCUGUGCCAAAGAAACCACUGAAAUCUGGUCCUCUUCAGAUUUCCUCGAUGUCUGAAGUGAUGAAGGAAUCCAAGAUGCCCAAGAAAGAGAAGGUUGAGGCUCCUCUAUCACCACCACCACCUCCCCCAUUUACUGAAAGUUUGAAUUUGGAAGCUUCAUCACAUGUGGCACAAAUAAUUUCAGCAACUGGGGAAGCCGUGUCCGUCCCAGCUCCAGCCGUUCACAAGGAAGAGUCUCCCAAGAUCCCAGAACUAGUGCAGCCAUCAGUCACAGAGGAGCACUGCAAGGAGUGUGACCAUGAGGCUGUUCAUAAGUCUGUACAUAAGUUGAAAGAAAGGCCGGCUGAAGAGGUGUCGGCUCGCCUUGUUCAGCAAGAUAAAGUAGAACAAGAAAAAAUUAAAUUUAUUGCUGCAUCAUUGGAGGACGCGCUCAGCAAAACCGCUCGGGUUACACUGCAAGCAAUCGGCACCCAGGAGGCAGCAGUGCAGGCCGUCAAUUUCCAUGCACAGAAGCUUCGAGAAGCCAUGGAUGAGAACCAGAUUUCUGCUGACAAAAAGUCCUUGCAGUGGCGUGAUUUGGAAGAUGCCCUGAAGGUACGAAGCAAGGCUGUUGAUGAAGCAGCUGAUUCUCUGCUGAAGGCAAAGGAGGAGAUUGAGCGAAUGCAGAGUAUCAUUGGUGAUUCUAAGAAGAGCCUUAUCAAUGGAGCCAAGCCUCUCAUCAUUUCAGCAGAGGAAAACUUGCACCACAUGAUCGUCGAUCUGGACAACGUUGUUAAAAAAGUAGAAGCCGCCCAGUCUGAGGCCAAGAUAGUGGCUCAGUAUCAUGAGUUGGUGUCACUGGCACGGAAAGAGUUUCAGCGAGAGUUGGACAGUGUCACCCCUGAAGUACAGUCUGGCUGGAAGGGUUUAAAAAUAUCUGAUUUAGCGGGGAAGCUAAGCCCAGACGACCUGAAUUCCCUGAUAGGCCACGCCCACCGGCGCAUCGACCAAUUGCACAGGCAGCUGGCGGAGUACAGAGCAAAAGAGCAGCAGCACAUCGAGGCGGCUUUGGAGAAGCAGAAACUGGAGGAUAAAAAGGCGCUGGAGACUGCGGUUUCCAAGGCGCUAGAGCAUCACCGAGCCGAAAUCCACCUGGAGCACGAAAAAAAGACGGAAGAAGUGCGAGACGUGAUGGAGGUGGAGAUGAGAACCCAGCUGCGCAGACAGGCGGCCGCUCAUACUGAUCACCUGAGGGACGUCCUGAAUGUCCAGGAGCAGGAACUGAAAGCUGAAUUCCAGCAGUCAUUAUCAGAGAAACUGUCUGAGCAAGAGUUGCAGUUUAAACGUCUGGGCCAGGAACAGUUGGACGGCUUCACGCUGGACAUUAAUUCUGCCUAUUCCCGACUGAAGGGCAUUGAACAGGCUGUUGAGGGGCAUGCGGCUGCCGAGGAAGAAGCCAGGAAAGCCCAUCAUUUGUGGCUCUCGGUGGAAGCCCUUAAAUUCACCAUGAAGACGGCAGUUGGCGAUUGCCCCACGGAACCACUUGAAACUGCCGUGCAGGGGAUCCGAUCCAGUUGUUCCAACAAUGAGUUCACAGAAGCCUUGGCUGCAGCAAUUCCCCAUGAAUCCCUACACCGGGGAGUGUACAGCGAGGAGUCCCUGAGAGCGCGAUUCAACUCCGUCCGUAAAUUAGCCCGUCGGGUUGCCUUGAUCGAUGAAAGCAGACACAGUCUGUACCAGUAUUUUCUGUCUUAUUUACAAGCCCUUCUUGUGUUCGAGCCCAAGGAGCUGAAACCACCAACUGAACUCGGCUCCGACGAUCUCGACACCUUCACGUUACUUUCUUAUGCCUCUUACUGCGUGGAACGCGGAGAUCUAGAAUUAGCGGCGAAAUUUAUCAAUCAGCUAAAAGGAGAGCCCAGGAGGGUGGCCCGUGAUUGGCUGAAUGAAGCCCGGCUAACGCUGGAAACGAAACAAAUCAUAGACGUCCUCUCUGCCUAUGCCAGUGCCGUGGGAUUGGGCACAACACAAGUACAGUAGGGCACAUCAAAGCAAAUGAAGGAAUUUAAUAUUUAGUUGCAGCUUUGAAAUUCAUUAUCCCGGCACCUAUGAAAUCAACCGCUUUUAAAGGGCAAGUCAACCCCAAAAUAAAAAUGUGCUUAAUAAAAGAAAUCCUAAUUCUAA